CUUAAUUAAGAAACACGAAUUGCGCAUCUUUUGAAACAACUCGAUGCAAUUCUUAGUUCUAAAGAGCACUGAUAUAAAAAAGGCCCUAACCGCCGCUUGUAAUGCAGUAUUUCUAUUCUUUUCAAACGUAAUUUCUAUUUACUUCUGACUUCUAAGAUGGGCAACAAUAUCUCUUUUAUUUUAAUCAUGAUUUUUGCAUCCUUUACGGCCAUGGCAGUAGCACGACCGCAGGAUGCGGGCAUUUCGUGCGGUCCAAAUGCAGAAUUCACUACAUGCGGCGCCUUUUGCCCGCCCACAUGCUAUAUUAGUCCGUUUCCAAUUCGCGCAGUUUGCCUGCAAGAAUGCCGCGUCGGCUGCCAGUGCAAUUCAGGAUAUGUGCUGAACAAUGCUGGCCAAUGUGUGUUGAGCAGUGAAUGUUAAUCGAAAUUUAGU